UCCUGUUUUUUGUUCUAUAAAUGCUUCGUUUUUUCUUCUCUGACCCCCAGAAACUCCAUCUGAGGAGAGAGAAAGCUCAGAAAAAACCGUAGAGAGAGAAAGAGAAAGAGAAGGAGAAGAAGAGAGAGAAAGUGGAGGAAAGUGAGAGAAAGAGAUAGAGAGAGAAACAAGAGUUUUUUUUCUCUCUCCUCUUUUUUUUUUUUUUUCUUCUUUUACUAUUAAGUGAAAGAAAAUAUACCUUCUGAUCUGCUUCUUCAAGUUAGGGAUUUCGCGAUUUUUCUGACAUCGAUCUGAGAUUCGGUGCUGAAAUUUGGAGGAAGAAGUUUUUUUUUUCGAUUUUUCUUUAAAAUUAAAAUUGUAGAAAUUGAAGAGAUGACGUCGUUAAGCAGAGAGCUUGUUUUUCUCAUACUUCAGUUUCUCGAGGAGGAGAAAUUUAAGGAUAGUGUUCACAGAUUGGAGCAAGAAUCAGGGUUCUAUUUUAACAUGAGGUACUUUGAGGAAUUAGUGACUGGUGGAGAGUGGGAUGAGGCGGAGAAGUACUUGUCUGGUUUUACAAAAGUUGAUGAUAAUAGAUACUCCAUGAAGAUAUUUUUUGAAAUCAGGAAACAGAAGUACCUUGAGGCCUUGGAUAGGCGAGAUCGUGCAAAAGCUGUAGAAAUUCUUGUAAAGGAUUUAAAGGUAUUCUCAGCUUUCAACGAAGAGCUCUUCAAGGAAAUUACGCUUCUAUUGACCCUGGAUAAUUUUAGAGAAAAUGAGCAGCUAUCAAAAUAUGGAGAUACUAAGUCAGCUAGAAGCAUAAUGCUUGCUGAACUAAAGAAGCUGAUUGAGGCUAACCCAUUGUUCCGUGAUAAACUACAAUUUCCAACGUUGAGGAACUCAAGAUUAAGAACUCUUAUAAAUCAGAGUUUAAAUUGGCAACAUCAGCUAUGCAAGAAUCCCAAGCCUAAUCCUGACAUAAAGACACUUUUUGUAGACCACACAUGUGGACCCCCUAAUGGUGCACGUGCACCGUCCCCUGUGACCAAUCCAUUGAUGAAUGCUUCUCCCGUGCCAAAGGCAGGAGCUUUUCCUCCACUUGGAGCUCAUGGACCCUUUCAGGCUGCUCCAGCUCCUCUCCCAACAUCACUUGCUGGGUGGAUGAAUCCAUCUCCUGUACCCCACCCUGCUGUUUCAGCUGGACCCAUGGGCUUAGGCGUCCCUAACAAUCCAGCUGCUAUCGUAAAGCGUCCAAGGAGUCCUCCUAAUAACAAUGCAGCUAUGGAUUAUCAAACAGCAGAUUCUGAGCAUGUGUUGAAAAGACCGAGACCUUUUGGAGCACCUGAAGAAGUCAAUAAUCAGCCUGUCAACAUUCUUCCUGUCGCAUACAACAACCAAAGCCAUGGUCAAAGCUCAUAUUCUUCUCUUGACUUACCCAGGGACGUUGUUAUGAGUUUGAGCCAAGGUUCUACUGUCAAGAGUCUUGACUUCCAUCCAUCACAGCAAAUAUUGCUUCUAGUGGGGACAAACAUGGGUGAUGUCAUGGUAUGGGAAUUGGUUAGCAGGGAAAGGAUUGCUUACAGGAAUUUUAAGGUUUGGGAACUAGGUGCAUGUUCUAUGCCUCUGCAGGCUUCUUUAGCCAGUGAUUACUCUGCAUCCAUUAAUCGUGUCACGUGGAGUCCUGAUGGAAAUCUUUUUGGUGUUGCAUACUCGAAACACAUUGUGCAUAUAUACUCCUAUCAUGGCCCCAAUGAUCUAAGAAACCAUUUAGAGAUUGAGGCUCAUGUUGGCAGCGUUAAUGAUCUUUCCUUCUCUUAUCCUAACAAGCAACUGUCCAUUGUUACAUGUGGCGAGGACAGGCUCAUUAAGGUGUGGGAUGCUGUCACUGGGGCCAAGCAGUAUACUUUCGAGGGUCAUGAAUCACCUGUGUAUUCCGUAUGUCCACAUCACAAGGAGAAUAUCCAGUUCAUUUUCUCUACUGCAACGGAUGGUAAAAUCAAAGCAUGGUUGUAUGACAAUGUGGGAUCAAGAGUGGAUUAUGAUGCGCCAGGGCACUCAUCAACCAGGAUGGCAUAUAGCGCAGAUGGGUCAAGGUUGUUCUCAUGUGGGACCAACAAAGAAGGCGAAUCCUUCCUUGUGGAAUGGAAUGAAAGUGAAGGAACUGUCAAGCGUACAUACCUUAGCCUUGGAAAGCGGUCUGUCGGAGUUGUGCAUUUUGAUACUACCAAAAACAGGUUCCUUGCUGCUGGGGAUGAGUUUACAGUUAAAUUUUGGGAUAUGGAUAGUGUUAACCUUAUAACUACAACAGAUGCUGGUGGUGGGUUGCCGGCUUCUCCUUGUAUUCGGUUUAACAAGGAAGGGACAUUAAUGGCUGUAUCAACCAGUGACAAUGGUGUGAAAAUUAUAGCUAAUACAGAUGGGAUCAGGCUGCUGCGUGCUGUGGAGAAUCGCCCAUUCGAUACUUCUGGUUCCGCUUCUGCUGCAAUUGUCAAGGGUCCAACAAUGGGUGUAUUUCCUGCUGCUAAUGCUGCUGUAGGAGCCAGUAUUGCUGAUAGAACAGCUGCUGUGCCGGCCAUGGUUGCUAUGAAUGUUGAUAACCGAAGCCUAGUAGACGUGAAACCAAAAUUCCCUGAUGAGUCUGCAGACAAAUCAAAAAUCUGGAAGAUGACUGAAAUCAAUGAAUCUUCACAGUGCCGAUCACUGAGACUUCCUGAUACUAUAUCAGCAAUGAGGGUCUCAAGGUUGAUUUAUACAAAUUCAGGUUUUGCCAUAUUGGCACUAGCGUCAAAUGCUGUACACAAACUGUGGAAAUGGCCUAGGAAUGACAGAAAUAUGACUGGCAAGGCGACUGCAAGUAUUCCACCCCAACUAUGGCAACCUUCAAGUGGGAUAUUGAUGACGAAUGAUUUGAGUGACACAAAUCCUGAAGAUGCAGUUUCUUGCUUUGCACUUUCAAAGAAUGAUUCUUAUGUUAUGUCAGCUUCAGGGGGAAAAAUCUCCUUGUUUAACAUGAUGACUUUCAAGACAAUGACGACAUUCAUGCCCCCACCACCUGCAGCGACAUUUUUGGCUUUCCAUCCUCAAGACAACAAUAUAAUUGCAAUUGGCAUGGAAGAUUCAUCCAUUCAAAUAUACAAUGUUCGAGUUGACGAGGUUAAGACUAAACUCAAAGGACAUCAGAAGAGGAUCACUGGCCUGGCAUUCUCCAACGUCCAAAAUGUGCUUGUAUCUUCAGGAGCUGAUUCUCAGCUGUGUGUUUGGAGCAUGGAUGCCUGGGAAAAAUUGGCACAUAAAUCAUUACAAAUCCCUAGUGGUCGAUCUGUGAAUCAUCUUGCAGAUACACGUGUUCAAUUUCAUCAAGAUCAGACACAUUUGUUGGCUGUGCAUGAAACACAGAUAGCUAUAUAUGAGGCUCCAAAGCUUGAAUGUCUGAAACAGUGGUUUGCUCCAGAAGCAAGAGGCCCAAUCACGCAUGCCACGUACUCCUGUGAUAGCCAGUCAAUAUACGUUAGCUUUGAAGAUGGGAGUGUCAGCAUUCUUACUGCUUCAAAUCUUAGACUGAGAUGUCGAAUUAACCCCAACGCCUACUUGCCUCCCAAUCCGAGUAUGAGAGUGUACCCACUCUGCAUCGCAGCACAUCCUUCAGAAGCCAAUCAAUUUGCAUUAGGACUUACUGAUGGUGGUGUUUGUGUGCUUGAGCCGCAAGAAUCAGAUGGGCAAUGGGGCACACCACCUCCUGCUGAAAAUGGUGCUGGAACUAGCAAUGCUUCUGGAGCAGCAGGGACAGAUCAACCUCAAAGAUGAUCACUUUUCGUGUCCUUUGUUAAUGAUAAAGGCUAAAUGGAGAACUUGUUCUCCACCAGACAAAGAGGAGGAGGUAAUUUAACCAAAAAUUCCCUUUCCUUGUUCGGUGGAGAAGAGUUCUUCAAAUAUAUUUGUACAGUCAACUUGCUCCUGGUUUCGCCGCACUUUUUUUUUCCACAGGGAAGCUGCAGGAUCCAGGUAUUACCGUCUUAGAUUCGCCAAUUAGCCCGCCUUUCCGAAUUUGGAGAUCUUACUCUCAUGGAUGAACCACAGAAAUCGGAUACCUUCCUCCUUUCAUAGACAAGUAGUGAUUAACGCUGUUAGAAGUCGCCUUGAAUCAGAUUAGUAGUGUUUGGGUUGAGGAGGGAAGGAUGGAUUGGUCAUGGACCAGAUCCGUAUGACUAACCCCAUAUGUUUUCUUUGAUUUUGGAGCACCUCAGGAAGGAAAAUUUUUUUUCUUUUAAAAAUUUAAUUAGAAGAAACUUGAUUAGUUUUAUGAGAUUAGCGUUUUUUUAGUCAGUUAAGAAUACUGUUAGCACCAUUAUAGUUUGUUGAAUCCAGUAUUGUAUUGCACCGUAGUUUGUUAAAAGUACCCUAGAUCUGUAUUUCACAUUGAUCUAAUACUUAAAAAGUUGUUUCGAGUCCCUUUGUAUAUUGUGAUUCAUUAUUUAAUUGACAUACUUUUGUUCA